GGGAACAAAUCGGCGUGCGAAUGAGGAAGCCACGUUGACAGCAAAAUACAGUGGCUGCUGAAUAAUAGUCACAAAGGUGGAAACUGGUCGGAUUAUCACUCCACAGGUAAGCGACUGAAGUCGUGCGUUGUCUGAACGUUUUGUUUUUACGUGACUUACACAAUUAAUGUUGCAUUUUUAAAUUGCAUUGCAUAUUGUGUAACAGCUGUCACUGUUGGCAUUGCGAGUUGUUUUCUACAAAACAGCUACUUGUUUUGCUCUAAUCGCAGCACACCACUAGAAGAAUAUCUUUUUUUUUUUUUUUUUUUUUUUUAAUCAAAAUGAGCGUCGGGUUCAUUGGAGCGGGGCAACUGGCAUAUGCCCUGGCGAGAGGGUUUACAGCUGCAGGUGUAAUAGCAACUCAUAAGAUCACAGCCAGUUCCCCAGACACUGGACUGCCUACUGUGACCGGGCUAAGGAAACUGGGUGUGAAUUUCACCACUAGCAACAAGGAGACAGUGAAGAACAGCGAUGUCUUGUUCCUGGCUGUCAAACCUCACAUCAUCCCCUUCGUUCUGGAUGAGAUCGGGCCUGACAUCGAGAACCGGCACCUGGUAGUGUCCUGUGCUGCAGGAGUCACAAUUCACUCCAUUGAGAAGAAGCUGUCUCUGUGCCACCUGGCCCCGAAGGUGAUGCGCUGCAUGACGAACACGCCAGUGGUAGUGCGGGAGGGAGCCACGGUGUACGCCACGGGCACCCACGCCAAGGUGGAGGACAGCAUGCUCCUGGAGCAGCUGAUGGCCAGCGUGGGGUUCUGCGUUGAGGUGGAGGAGGACCUGAUCGAUGCUGUGACCGGGCUGAGCGGCAGCGGGCCUGCCUACGCAUUCACAGCCCUGGAUGCGCUGGCGGACGGUGGGGUGAAGAUGGGGCUGCCGAGGAGGCUGGCGCUCAGACUGGGAGCUCAGGCCCUACUGGGAGCUGCUAAAAUGGUGUUGGACUCGGAGCAGCACCCCGGCCAGUUGAAGGACAACGUGUGCUCCCCAGGGGGCGCCACCAUCCAUGCACUGCACGUCAUGGAGAGCGGAGGCUUCCGCAGUCUUCUCAUCAACGCAGUGGAGGCAUCGUGCAUCAGGACCAGGGAGCUGCAGUGCCUGGCGGACCAGGAGAAGACUUCCACAGCCGCUAUCAAGAAGACAACUCUGGACAGGGUCCUCCAGGAAUCUACCUCGAUCGGAGUGAAGGGGAGAACCAGCCUGCUCAAUAACAGCAAGGGGACCAAAAACAAGAACUAACUAUCCAGCAAACGCUUGCCACACAGCAGAGCUGCACGUCCCCCCUGGAUGAAGGGUAUGAUGUGAGGCACUUGGUUUGCAGUACCCGGUGGGAUAAGGUAUAUUCUGAAAGCCAGUGUUAUUUCUUUGCACAGAUUUGUGACUCCAGUUAGUCACCAGUAGUUUGAGGUUUUGAGACUUUGAGCUCUAGUGUACAGGGCAGUUGAAUAUCUGACAUGCAGUUUUUUUUUUAAUUUAGUCGUUGCCAAUUAUUUUUUUAUUAUUUUCUCCCAAUUUAGAAUGUCCACUUAUUUUUUAGGCUCAGCUCACCGCUACCACCCCUGCGCUGACUCGGGAGGGCGAAGACGAACACACGCUGUCCUCCGAAGCGUGUGCCGUCAGCCGACCGCUUUUUUUCACACUGCGGACUCACCAUGCAGCCACCCAAGAGCUACAGCGUCGGAGGACAACGCAGCUCUCGGGCAGCUUACAGGCAAGCCCGCAGGCGCCCGGCCAGACUACAGGGGUCGCUAGUGCGCGGUGAGCCGAGGACCCUCUGGCCGACCUAACCCUCCCUCCCCCCGGGCGACGCUCGGCCAAUUGAGCGCCGCCCCCUGGGAGCUCCCGUUCUCAGUCCGCAAAGGAAUAGCCUGGACUCGAACUCGCGACGUCCAGACUAUAGGGCACAUCCUGCACUCUACACGAGUGCUUUUACUGGAUGCGCCACUCGGGAGCCCCGACAUGCAGUUUUAAAAUGAAAUGCGGUUUCUGCUAGGGGUAAUCAAAGCGUAUUGGCUCGGCUUCUGUUAGUCUCAACAUUUCCAGUUUACAGAAUUUUAGUCACUUAUUUGAUGUUUCUUUCUGUGCAGCUCAUUUGCAUAAAUUAACAAAAAAUAACCACAAAAUCCUCUGCAAAUAUGCCCAGAUGACGCUUUGUAAAUUUGGGAAGUAUCGAGCAGAUUGGGUUAAUAGAUUCUAUCCAGGGUUCUAAAAUUGAAGCUAAAAACAAUAUCAUUUUUGUAAGAAAUGUUUACAGUAUAUUUAUAUUAUAGUGCCUUGCUAAUACAGCAUCAAAUCCAUUCUCUCCACUGCUUGCAACCUGCACCCUAAAUACUGUGAAAUCUAUAGAACUACACUCUGUACAUGUGCUGUACUGUUUUAAUAGGUUUUUUUUUAGUUUGUAGUCCUCUUUUCUUCUUUGCAUUUGAAUUUUCUGUAAACACUGGCAUAUCCAGAAUCACUGAAUGAGUGUUUUUAAACUGUUGCAUUGAAUGCUGUAACUGAUUGUCAAAACCACAAGAAAAAUGUUUUUAUCGACAACGUUUUAAAGACCAUGGAUGUUGUUGUUUUUUUUUUUUUUUUUUAUAUAACCCACAUCAUCUUAGAUGAGAAAUUGUUACAGGGGCUGCCUUUCUUACAAGUAAAUAAAAGUAAGAGCUGUC